UUUUGAGGUUAUGUUUAUAUUGUCAACUUAAAGUUUUAAAUUGAGCAUACAUCCUAUUUCAGACAAGAGAAUCUAGUGUUGCGUACAUUUAGUAUUAAAGGAAAGUCAGUUAACUAGUGUGAAUUCUAUCGUCGAAACCAAAUUUCAGGGACCAUCGAAGAGAAAAUCUCAACAAAAGAGGAAUAUGUAAAUCAAUUUCUCGUCGACAACAAGACUUUACGCCCAAGACCCAUACGUUUGCAGUUUGCUUUGAAAAUUUCCUCUUGAGUUUUUGAAUUCAGCAUUGCUAGAAAGAGCUAUCAGGCUCUUGCUUCAAUGAGUGCAGCCACUGAAAUGGAUGACAAAGUCUCAGGUUUGAGGGAUCACAGUAGCACGGAAGAUCUUUCGGAAGAAUCCGUGCUCAUCCGAGACUGUCCAGAGUUCAGAGAUGUCGAACCAACUCCUCAGUUUGAGGGGCACGCACCGGUGGCCAGUAUUGCUUACUCGGAGAGUUUCAAAGAUGCCCAUGAUUAUUUACGCAGCCUUUUAAAAAUGGGAGAGUUAUCAGAACGAGCUCUAAAACUAACAGAAAUAGCUUUAAACAUAAAUGCUGCUAAUUAUACCACUUGGAAAUAUAGGAGAGAUAUCCUACGCCACCUAGGAACAAAUACUUUAGAAGAAUAUGAUUACAUCAAAAUGAUGAUACCAGAUAAUGCCAAAACUUAUCAAGUAUGGCACCACUGUCAGAAAAUUUUAGAAUGGAUCGGUGAACCAAUGGAUAUACUGGAGUUCAUUGAAGAGGUUCUGAAACAAGAUAGUAAAAAUUAUCAUGCAUGGCAGCUGAGGCAAUGGGUACUGCUGCAUUUCAAAUUUUCAGGAACAGCCGAAGAGAUUGCAUUCGUUAGUAAAAUGAUUGAAGAUGAUGUCCGCAAUAACUCAGCAUGGAAUCAUCGAUACUUCGUCAUCCACACAUUAUCAGAAUUUACUGACGCUGUUUUUAGUGCAGAAAUCGACUACACUAUCAGCAAAAUUAAGCUAGCAACCAAUAAUGAAAGUGCUUGGAACUAUUUAAGAGGUACCCUGGCACAAAAAGGUCAGGGACUAACCCAUCCGGAAAUAGAGAAGUUGACCAAACUGUUGUACAGCCGUGGAUGUCGCUCCCCACAGGUGCUCAUGUUCAUGGCAGACAAACUAAGAGAAGAUUGUGAAAAAGCAGAGGCAUCAGAUGAUAUAGGAGAAAAAGUUCGUUUGUGUUCUGAGUUGUAUGAGGUCUUAGCAAAUAAAUGGGAUAAAAUCCGCUGUAGGUAUUGGACGUAUUUGUCUCAAGAGUUCUCCGCAGAAUUCGGAUCCAGAAUAGGCUCAAAUGAGAAGACUGAAGUAGCCUCGUAGUAUCCUGAAACUACACAAGUUCUAGGAAUGUCUUAUUGGUUGUAUUCUAACUUUAUUCUUGUGUUUCCUUCUCAAACAUUCUUAUAAUGUCAGAGAAUUUGCAAAAAAUUUUAUGACCAAUUGAAUUGUAUAAAAUUGUUAAAUGAAAAUUGUAAAGAAUCAACAAAUUGAGUCUAUAGAAAAAUUUUAAUUAAUUUAGUUAGAAUCAGUUUAAUUACAAUGAUCAAAA